AUGCAUUCGAGAGUCUCUGGUCGAAUAUCGAUUUUUAUUAUUGCCGCUGCGCUAUCGAGUCUUUUCUUGCCAGCAACGGCCCAGGAAAAUGAUGAACAUAACACCGAAUCUAGAGCAACAGAUGUGAAAAACAACUCCAGGGAAUCUCCAAAGCCAGUUGAUUCAGGCGAAGAUGACUUUGUUGUGAAGUUUAAGGGUGAAGUUAUCAGUUUGAGAAAUAUUUCCAAACUUCUCCAUCAGCAAAACAUCACUCUACCAAACGAAAAGGAGUUUUUCAGAGUAAUACUUCAACAGAAGAAUUCCACAGCACAGUCAUGUAGAGGCAGAUGUUAUGUUGGAGAAAGACAACGGUGUAAGAAAUGUUAUUGUGAUAAGGUUUGCCAAACAUUUGGGGACUGUUGCUUUGAUUUUUACUCGAGGUGUCGUAAAAUUUCAAGUUCUUUCUUUCCGGCGAACGUAGAAUGUGGGAAAGUUGGCAGUUCAUCUUGGUCAUCUGGAAUAGUCAUGAGAUCUACAUGUGAUUCACGUGUCAGUGCGAGUACAAAAAACUGUCAUCGUAUCCAAAGGUUGAAUUUCACGCCAUAUAAAGAACUACCAGUGUAUAGCUGGAAACACAAUCUAACUUACAGAAGCAUUGCCUGUGCGAGGUGUAACAAAGAAAAAAACACGUCGUUUUGGAGUCUCGACAUCUCAUGUAAAUUUACCUCCGGAAAAGGACCUGAUCCAAACAUCACCAUUAUUAAGAAGUUUCUAAAGGAACACAGCGACUGCUCAUGGAAAUAUUCACCAACGCAAGCCAUUGAAAAGUACCAACAGUUUUGUGUCAUUCAUGAUUCAUCAUGUUCUUCUAAAGAGCUGAGAAUGCCAUCUGCAGUCAGACAAUUAUGUGCGCUGUACGCCAUGACUUUUACAGUUAAGGAUGGACAAGGACGGCGCGAGUAUAGAAAUCCCCAUUGUGCAUUUUGUAAUCCCGAGGGAAGACUGAACACCGCUGAAAAACCAAUACCUCCGAUAGUGCCUCCAUUGAACAUCCUUCUAGACGUAAGCAAAAAUAUGGAGGAACCCGCUGCACCAAAACCUGUUCAUCCAACAAACCCAGCUGAGACUCGAACAGUGAGCCAUGAUAUUUCACCACAGGUUCUUAACUGCAGCUCAAAAUUGGAUAAUUGUACAGUUAUCUUUAGAAAUAAAACAUGUUGGGUUUUCUAUCCUGUGAAAAACCAAUCAAAUCAAACGAUAUAUCCUUGGAACAAAAGUUUCACGAUGGUGACGAAUCAAUCUUCAUACGACGAAACUAAUUUUCAUAUUUUGUGUCCAGAUCAUCUGACCAGAAAGAAUGAAUGGUACAGCGAAAGUUCAGCUCUCUCUCUCAUCACAUUUACUGGCAUGCUUUUUUCCAUAUUCUCGCUCUGUUUGCUACUCAUAGUCUACGUAUCCUUCAAGGACCUUAAAAACCUUCCCGGACGAUGUGUCAUCAGUCUCUCUGCCGCGUUGCUGUUAUAUCAAAUAACAUUUCUCAGUGCUAAAAAAUCAACAGAGGUUGAUGUUAUUUGCAAAGCAGUCGCCAUUUUACUCCACUUUUUUAUUCUUUCUACAUUUACAUGGAUGAGUAUUAUGGCCUUUGAUGCGGCAAAUACGUUUUCCAUCAAAGUGACUGCCAGGAGAAGACAACCAUCAGACACAAGAAAAAUCUUCAUCAAAUAUUGCAUAGUGGGAUGGGGACUUCCUGCAGUAAUCGUUGGUUUAUGUUCUGUGCUGGACCACACCGGAACCUUCCAUAUCGGAUACGGAAAUUUGGUUUAUUGCUGGAUAUCCGAUUCAAAAGCGUUGACUUUUACUAUGGUUAUUCCUGUUAGCGCCACCUUGGUCUUCAAUGUAGUAUGCUUCACCAAAAACAUUUAUGUCAUUCAUCACUUGCAGAUGGCUGCCAACAUGGCAGUAUCGAACCGCUCUAACGAGUCUUUGACCCUCAUCGGCAUCAAACUGACCACAGUCAUGGGUCUGACCUGGAUUCUGGAGCUUGCUGCCAACUGGAAGCAAACGAACUUCCUGCACUACCCAUCUACUGUGUUAAACAGCUUACAAGGAUUUUUCAUCACGUUGUGUUUUGUUACCACUAAAAAAGUCCGAGGUCUGGUCAGGGAAAGAUUUUCCAAACGAAAAAAUGAAGUAGUUAAAGUGCAAGCAAGCUCCUCUCGUGACCAUCGUACAGGAUUUACUAAUGUUGAAAGAGCUUCAGGUUCAUCUCCUGUUUCCUCGCGACGAGGGAUGCAAAACUUUGCUUACAGUGUCUCUUGUGUCUGAAUCCAUCCAUUUUCUUUUGUAUCUGAAAGAAAUUCGUUAGCGUUAGUCGAAGAAGGCAAGACUAUUUUAGUUUUAGGCAAAUGAAGGUACUACGAUCUUUUGGAUUUGAUGACUAUAGAGAUCAAAGACCUUGUAACAAAUGGACGCUUUGUGGAGCAAAGGAACAGAGGAACAGUUUGAGCAGACCUUUCGUAGCUACUGGUAUUUGAUGAGCGAACAACAAGAUGAGUUUAUGAUGAAAAUGGAAUUGAAAUAGUGACCUACGUAUUAAAACGA